AGAGGCAGCCAGUGCAUCCUAACUUUGUAUGUGAUGUCACUAGAACGCUAUUUCCGGCGACAAGUGCGGACAGGUUCGGUGUACUCCACUGCAAAAAGUACCGGGUAUUCAUCAUUCCACUGCUACAAGUACCGCAUGUUCACCAAGUAAUUUUGGUGAAUGGUAUGAGAGGCAGAUUCGGCACACUCUACUCCAUUUCAGAUGAUACCGACCGAGCCAGCGAGUUUCCAGUAGUUCUGAAUAAAUCCAGAAGAGGGCACCACUAGACAAGUACACAUUCUUAGUAAACUGUGCUGCCAUAAACGGCACCGGCCACAUGGAAAUACCGUGACAGUUAUGAAACUUCCAAUUUUGAGAGACUGACGUCAUUUCAGGAGCCCGCAUAUCGACCAACGCAACGUAACUGACCCCAGUGAAGUGUCAUGUUAUACAGCGCAAUAACUCUUGGCAGUGGAAAACUGUUGAGCCUCUGUGCCUUAUCAUCACAAAUAUAAAAAAUGGAACAUCUCUCCUGUCUGCCAUUAGAGACCUGCGUAUUAGCACCACCUGAUUCCUGCUGUACGUAAUCAGCAUGGGGUGCGUGCAGUGGCUGUCAGCGCCCCUCGUCACGAUGCUGAUGACUUCUCUUGUGGCAGCAGACGGUAUACUCUAUCCUACAGAAUCAGAAUCUCGAAUUAUUCAUUCCCUGGACGGCAUCUGGGCGUUCCGCCUUGCCAACGAGUCUGAGUCAAGUGUUGGACACCGGGAAGGCUGGUACAAACAGGAGCUAAGGAAGACGGGACGGACGAUCGCUAUGCCCGUCCCUGCGAGCUACAACGACAUCACUCAAGACAAGGUGGUCAGGGACCACGUGGGGGUCGCGUGGUAUGACAGAACCUUCUACAUACCACGGAAAUGGAACUCAUCCGACACGAAGAUUUGGCUGCGCUUUGCCGGCGUCCACUACGCUGCUGAUGUGUUUGUGAAUGGCGAACUGGUGGCGAGUCACGCCGGAGGGCAUGUCCCUUUUCAGGCUGAUGUCACGUCUGUUCUUCAGUACGGACAGAAGAACCUCAUCUCCGUGGCGGUCAACAACACCUUAACGGACAUCACCGUGCCCCAGGGAGAAGUGCAACAACUUCAGACCGAUGCCGGUGCCAGGUUUGUCCAGUAUUACAAAUUCGACUUUUUCAACUACGCCGGUAUCCACAGACCUGUAGUGCUGUACACGACUCCCAGCAUCUAUAUCGAUGACAUAUCAGUGAAUACAGAUGUAAAUGAUGACACAGGGGUAAUUGAGUAUGUUGUCCGUGUUGGCGGAGAUACCAAGACACGUGCAACUGUUUCCGUGAGUCUUCUAGAUCGGGAUGGUAACUAUGUCAUCCGAAACGUCGUGGGAGAUCAGGGGAACCUGCAAGUUCCUCAGGCUAGACUGUGGUGGCCCUAUCUAAUGAAUCCCGAACCUGCAUACCUGUAUACACUAGAGGUUCGAACAUCCACAGAGAGUGCAGUGCCCGAAGACGUGUACCGCCUGCCGGUGGGAAUAAGGAAGCUGGGGUGGACCAACACCAGUGUCACUAUGAACGGCAAAGCGAUCUACAUAAGAGGUUUCGGCCGACACGAGGAUUCUGCGAUCAGAGGCAAGGGCCACGAUUAUCCGCUGAUUACCCGUGACUACAAUUUGAUAAAGUGGAUCGGAGCUAAUGCCUACAGAACUUCGCAUUAUCCUUACUCAGAGGAGAUCAUGGACUUCGCAGACAGAGAGGGAAUCAUGAUAAUAAACGAGUGUCCUGGUGUGGACAUUGGAAGUUAUGGCUUCAAAGACGAACUGCUGGAAGCCCAUAAGACAGCGUUAACAAGACUGCAUCGCAGAGACAAGAACCGUCCGAGUGUUGUCAUGUGGUCUGUCGCCAACGAGGCCUUGACGGCGUCACCAGAGGCUUAUGGCUACUUCCGUGACAUUGCUGAUCACAUGAAAGCUCUGGACAUUUCUCGGCCCAUUACAAUGGCCCUCAACAAACCGUGCAACUUGGACCUAGCGGGCGAGUUCAUGGAUGUGAUCGGUUUCAACCGAUACAACGCUUGGUAUGUCAACAGUGGGAGAACCGACACAAUAAUACAGAACGUCAAAGAAGAGGCUCUGAACUGGCAUAAGAAAUACAAUAAGCCGGUGUUAAUGACAGAGUAUGGAGGAGAUACGAUGGCUGGGCUGCAUUUGUCGCCAGAAUAUAUAUGGUCAGAAGAAUACCAAGUGAAAUUAUUGUCCAAACAUUUCGAGGCAUUUGAUCAACUUCGCAACGAAAGUUUCUUUAUUGGAGAAAUGAUUUGGAAUUUCGCAGACUUCAACACAGCCCAGACUUAUGUUCGAGUUGGAGGGAACAAGAAGGGAGUCUUCACGCGGGACAGACAGCCAAAGGCAUCGGCACAACUUGUGAGGAAGCGCUAUUGGGCACUAGCUGAAGAACUUGACAGUGUGACGCCUCCGGAUGAUCUCUCCGAGUACGUUCACGAAAGUCACGCGAAGUACCUGGAGACUGGACUUCCAGAUGUUUGGGUUACUUCUGUAUAACACUCGUCGAGGAUCUUGGUCUCUGUUGAACCGAGAUGGAACUAGAGAAAAGUAAAUUUUAAGAGAUUUGAAUUAGGGUAUAAUAAAUAACAAUAACAAUUUUUCUCGAAAUCUAGAUACUGAGAAUUUUAAACGAUUGUAAUAAAUGUAGAUUCGUAAUUACCGUUUUUUCCUACAAGACAACCAGGGCUAAUUGUUCCAAAUAAAAUUGUACUUGAA